GAGUGGGACCCCAAGACCGGAGGCUGCAAUUUCCCACCAUGCCGAGCAGUGGCAGGACCCUGGACGAAUUCGCCGUGCCUGAGGAGGCCCAGGAGAUGAUGACGGUGCACCGCCCCCGGAUUGAGCAGCUCUUCAGGGUGGAGCUGAACGUCUUGGGGGUGCUGGAGUUGGCACAGAGUCCCAGCAGGGAAUCCCAGGGGGCGAGGAAAAUCUGGCUGCAGCUGCAGGGCUGCAGAGAGAAUCUCCAGAGGGCGAAGGAAUACAUCAAGGGUCUCUGUGCCCCGGAGCUGAGUGAAGAGGUCUGGUACCCUAAAGACAUGCAGUGCAUCUUUCUAGGAGCCCAAGGAUUGUUCCUGGACUGCCUCACCCAAGGGACGUCGGCCAACCUCGCUCUUCUCUGCCCUGGCUCCCUUUUGGUCUCGGGCUUGGCUGAAGCCUUUGUCAUGGCCCAGAGUCGAAUCCAGGAUUUUGUGGAGAAAUACAAGAAGAACCCCAAGCUGGAAGAGGAACGGGAAGCCCAGAUCAAGAGGGCCUUCCAGGAACUGGUAGAGACAUAUGAUGAUAAAUAUGCUAUGGACCUCUUGAUACUACCCACUGCAGUGAAGGAGGAGUUGCUCAGCUUGGUGAAGGAGAUUCAGGAAGAAGAGGGGGAGCAGAGGCAACGGAAUGGGUGCUGGUCACCGCCAGGAUUUAGGCAAGACCGCUUGCCGCCGUGGGAAACGGAAACGGUGGGUGGCGGCGGGCCUCAGUCUCCAAGUAGGCCUCAGAAUGUCUCUGGUGUCCCCAUGGGGCUCGGCAGAGUUCGAGGGCAGAGCAGGCCUGGAGACUCCGGGUGUGACGUCCAUGCGGGCUUUGCUAGACAGCAAUCUCCUCACAAGCCUCAAGUUUCUCCCCAGCUACAGUACUCCGCUAGGCCUGGAGAUUUUAGAACUGAGUCACCUUCCAUGGUUGGUAGGCCUCAAGAGCAGGCUUUGUCUCUGGUCUCUAAGGUUGGCUCUCCAACAGGUUGUGCUGAGGUGAGGCCCCGAGACUAUUUGGCAGGUUUGAACGGUCAACAGGGGUGGUCUGAUGAGACAACUUCCCUGAGGCUGACGCUUCCCAAGAGUUCCCCCCAACCCAUUCCGGUUGCUCCUCAUAAGUCUCAGAUUUUCCCUGGUUACUCAGGUCUAACACAGUCUUUGGAGGAACACCUAGAGGAAGGGAAGCAUACAUUUUGCGCGAGGGAAUCCAGCCCCAUUAGCUUACCUGAAGAAAGCAGCGAGGAGGAGUUGUCCUCGUCUUCAUCAGAGACCUUGCUGUCAUCCGGGAUGGAGAAGGAGUUCAAAAUGAGGCUCAACUUCUUUAAAACCAUGGGCUACGAGGAGCGGUUGGUCAAAAAGAUACUCUUGGAGGGUGGUGUGCGGGAGGCCCCUUCAACUAUUCUGGAUCGGGUCCAGAUGGAGGAAGCAGGCUUGUCCCAGAAAGAUGACCUUGGCUUCCAUCAAAGGGAGCCGGGGGAUUCAGAGCACUCUCCCCCACCCCUGGAGAAGGUCCAGGAUAAAGAUGAAUAUCUCUUGGAGGUCAUCAAAACAGCGGUGGCCAACUGCGGUCACUCGCCCAGCAAGAUCCCCACAGGGAUACAGACGGGGGCCCCACUGGCAAACCUGCUGAGGCAACUCAACGAGAAAGGGGGCUGUCAAGACGAGGCUGAGGGGGCCGUCGGGGUGUCCCCUACAAAGCUGGAACGUGGAGGUGUCCCAAGGGCGGCCAUCACAAAUCAUGAGGAAUCUUCACAGCACAGGCCUCAUCAGGAGACGGGCAGGCACCGCGCGUCCCCUUUCCGCGAGGGUGUCCACGUCCCACCCGUUGACGCAGGCCUUCCUGCUUUCUCUCAGGCCAUGCCCCCCAACUCGAACUCCUUUUUCUCCACAUGGGAUUCUGAGGAGAGCCAUUCAGCAGAAAGCUCUAGUCUAGGACCCCCCAACCUUGGUUCUGUUUCUACGGUGACUGGGGCCCAGCGCUUUGAAGAGGCUCUCAAGACUCAGUUCAAGCUGAAGUUGGCCAACACACCAGGGAAGAAGAAUCUACGGCGGGUCAUUAUUGACGGCAGCAACGUGGCCAUGAUGCACGGCUUGAACCAGUUCUUCUCAUGCCGAGGCAUUGCCCUGGCGGUUCAGAAUUUCUGGGACCGGGGUCACCGGGAGGUGACUGUUUUUGUUCCAGCAUAUCGGAUGGAACCAGAUUCCAGUGUGAAAGAGCAACACUUCCUGUUUGAGUUGCGCGAACUGAGCAUCCUCUCCGUCACACCUUCGCGCAAGGUAGCUGGGAAGAGCAUCAUGCCAUACGACGACAGGCUUAUGCUCAAACUGGCAGAAGAGACCAACGGGAUUAUCGUCACCAAUGACCAGUUCCGGGAUCUUGCGAAGGAAUCCAAGAAAUGGAUCCAGAUCAUUAAGGAGAGAGUACUGCAGUACACUUUUGUGGAGAACAUUUUCAUGAUUCCCGAUGACCCGUUGGGACGAGGUGGACCCACCUUAGAGGAAUUCUUGAAGAAAACCCCCAGGACCAAACCGGCCAAUUGCCACACAUUUGCUGGCCGGGCGACUCAGGCACUGGUACCCAUCCAUCCUACUUCACAGACCGAGGUCCUUCGGCUCCGAGACAGAUGGCCAGCCGGUGGCUCGGCUGGGGAUUGGCGGAGGAGGCACCAGGAAAACAGAGCCGAGGAGGAGGGGAAGGAGACAGUCCGGCCCGCAGCGGAGACAGAACGGCUCAGGAGAGAGCUUCUGGAGAUCUUCGUAGGCCAGGACAAGAAGAUCGAUUUUGUCCUCCAGCGGGAUCCUUGCAGCUGCGACCUCAACCUGCUUUCGGAGGCGGUUCUUAGCCUCGGUUUCUGA